UUGGCGCGUGCGUAGUGCCAACUAGUGGGCGUGUCCCAUGACGGGCGAUCCCAACAAGUAACAUGACUAAAAAGAAGCGGGAGAAUCGGGGCGUCGCUCUGGAGAUCGAUGGGCUGGAGAAGAAACUGUCACAGUGUCGGAGAGACCUGGAGGUUGUGAGCUUCAGACUCUAUGAGGAGGAGCUAAGCCCAGAGGCCAGGAGGUCUCUGGAAAGGGAGAAAAACAGCCUGAUGAGCAAAGCUUCCAACUAUGAGAAGGAGCUAAAGCUGCUACGGCGGGAGAACCGGAAGAACAUGCUGCUCUCUGUGGCCAUCUUCAUCCUCCUGACCCUCAUGUAUGCCUACUGGGUCGUGUGAGCUGAGAUCCCGCCAUUCCCUGGUCAGGACCAAGCAGGCCCAUCACGCCUCAUGAGGACCAAGGUGCAGGGGCACAUCUUCCCCAUCUAGAUGCCCUAACCACAGCUCCCCAUUGGCCUAGCCUCUCUUGCCUCCCUGUCAUGCUGUGGGACAUUGUCUCCAGCACACUUGUGCUGGCUCCUCCCUUAGCCCAAUGGAAAGGUAAUAAAGUUCAGGUUGCUCUGUC